GGGCUCCCCGUCCCUCCCCGCCCCGCGCGGAGGCGCGGCGGGCGGCUCGCCGGGCCGCGCCGGGCCCCGCCGCAGCUGCCGAGCCGUUCCGAGCCGCGCCGGGAAGAGGCGCGGGCAGGCAGGUGCCCUCCUCCCGCACCGCACCGCACCGCUGCGCGCCGCUGGCAUCUCCGCUGCGCCGCACGGCGGUGGGCAGCGCCGCCCAGGCGGGCCCCGAGGUCGCGGCGGCCCGCCGCCGGGGACAGCCCCGCCGCCGCCUCCCCGCGCACCCCCGCCGCCCUGAUGGCCCCCGCCGCCCCGCCGUCGGCCCCCCCCCCGCCGCCGCCGCCGCCGGCCGCGGCGGCCCUAGAGGCGUCGGGGCCCUGCGCUGCCCCGCGGAGGGGAGGCGGAGGCGGCGGCGGCGGGGCGGGGGCGGAGGCGGAGGCGAGGGGGCGGCGGAGCGGCGGCGGAGCGGCGGCGGAGCGGGAGCCGGCGGCGGCGGCGGCGGCGGCGAUGGACGAGUCGUCGCUGCUGGACCUGCUGGAGUGCUCCGUGUGCCUGGAGCGGCUGGACACCACGGCCAAGGUGCUGCCCUGCCAGCACACCUUCUGCCGCCGCUGCCUGGAGAGCAUCGUCAGCUCCCGCCACGAGCUGCGCUGCCCCGAGUGCCGCAUCCUGGUGGGCUGCGGCGUGGACGAGCUGCCCGCCAACAUCCUCCUCGUCCGCCUCCUGGACGGCAUCCGACAGCGGCCCCGCGCCGCCGGGGGCGCCAGCGGCAGCCCCAGCGCCGCGGCCCCCGCGUACCCCCAGCCCGCCGCCGCCGCCGCCGCCGCCCCCAGCGCCGUCGCCGCCGCCGCCGCCUCGGCCGCCGCCAGCCUGCGGGAGCUGGCGGCCGCCAGCCGCAGCGCCCUGCUGGGAAAGAGUGUUUCUCAGCUUCCCUAUGGCAAAGCCCUGUACACCUAUGAGGGAAAAGAGCCAGGCGACCUCAAGUUUAACAAGGGGGACAUCAUCAUACUGCGGCGGAAGGUGGAUGAGAACUGGUACCACGGGGAGCUCAAUGGGAACCAUGGCUUCUUCCCCGCCAGCUACAUCCAGUGUAUCAAGCCCCUCCCGCAAGCUCCACCUCAGGGCAAAGCACUUUACGACUUUGAAAUAAAGGAUAAAGAUCAAGACAAGGAUUGCCUGACCUUCACCAAGGAUGAAAUUUUGACAGUCAUCAGGAGGGUAGAUGACAACUGGGCAGAAGGAAUGCUGGGUGACAAGAUUGGCAUUUUUCCUAUCCUCUAUGUUGAGCUGAAUGAAUCGGCCAAGCAGCUCAUCGAGAUGGACAAGACGUGCUCAGCUGCCGCAUCCGGCUGUGACAUGCCGCUGCCCACAGAGACGGUGGCAGUGGCGGCGGCAGCGGCAGCGGGUUUGGCACCGUGCUCCACACUGGCCAGCGCUGGGGUGGCCGGGGCAGCCCAGCGGCAGGCAGAGGGCAAGAAGAACGCCAAGAAGCGGCACUCCUUCACUGCCCUCAGCAUGACGCACAAGUCCUCCCAGGCUUCCAGCAACCGGCACUCCAUGGAGAUCAGCGCCCCCGUCCUCAUCAGCUCCAGCGACCCACGGGCGGCUGCCAGGAUCGGGGACCUGACCCACCUCUCCUCCAGUGCCCCAGCCCAGGAUUCCUCUUCGAUUGGAACAGCCACGGUGGCUGGUCCCAGGACAAGUGCAAUAAUUGGAGAUCAGGGAACACCACCGAAGGUCCAGCUCCCCCUCAAUAUCUACCUAGCCCUGUACGCCUACAAGCCUCAGAAGAACGAUGAGCUGGAGCUCCGCAAAGGUGAGAUGUACCGGGUCAUCGAGAAGUGCCAGGACGGCUGGUUCAAGGGGACGUCUCUGAGGAGUGGGAUGUCCGGCGUCUUCCCAGGCAACUAUGUGACACCUGUUUCAAGGGUGCCAGUGGGAGCUGGGCAGGCCAGGAACAGCGGAGCUGGGGGAGCCCCGGCAACAAAAGGACCCCCAGGAGCCAUCCACCCCAUCGGGGCUGGUCACACCAAUGCCACCACAGCUGUCAGACCGGUUGUUCCUAUCACUGCGCCUCAGACGCAUCCCCAGCUACAGGCGGCCUCUCCGCAGCUGAAUAAUUGCUUGAGGUUUUCAGCUCAGCAGCCAGCCAGCCAGACCCGCAACGCCAUGCAGAUGGCUCACCCCCCGGUGCCAGCCCCGGACCGGCCCACAGCCACAGUCUCACCCCUGCGGACACCCAGCUCGCCCUCCCGCCUGCCAGCGGCAGCCAUCCGGCCUCACCCCACCAUCUCCCCACAGCACAGCCACCAGCCGCCCGCCCCAGGGACCCGGCCCCUCAUCCCCCUCACCUCCGCCGCCGCCGCCAUCACCCCACCCAAUGUCAGCGCAGCCCACCUCAACGGCGAGGUGGGCAGUGGGCCCCUGGGUGGCCCUGUCACCCCCGGCCCCACCAGCAAGGCUGAGGAGAGGAAGAAUGAGAAGAAGGAGAAGAAAAGCGGGCUGCUGAAACUUCUAGCAGGAGCAUCAACAAAAAAGAAGUCACGUUCCCCACCGUCCGUGUCCCCCACACACGACCCCCAGGCAGCCAUUGAAGGAGUCCUGCAAGGGGCAGUGGGACCUGAGCUCUCCUCCCUCUCCAGCCACGGCAGGGCUGGCUCAUGCCCUAUUGAGAGUGAAAUGCAGGGAGCCAUGGGGCUGGAGCCUCUGCACAGGAAAACAGGCUCUUUGGAUUUGAAUUUUUCCAUCCCUUCUCCUGCCAGGCAGCCCCUCUCUUCCAUGGCAGCUAUUCGGCCAGAGCCCAAGCCUUUGCCGCGGGAAAGGUACCGCGUCGUGGUCCCGUACCCGCCACAGAGCGAGGCCGAGAUCGAACUGAAGGAAGGUGACAUUGUGUUUGUGCACAAGAAACGGGAGGACGGCUGGUACAAAGGGACGUUGCAGAGGAAUGGCAGGACGGGCCUCUUCCCCGGGAGCUUUGUCGAGAGCUUCUGAGGACAGCUCGCCGCUCUCUCAACUGGAGGAACUUUCAGGGGAAACUGCAUAGCACAAGAAGCGACAGCAAAGGGAAACUGGACUGAUGACCACUGCCAUUUUUAUUUCCAAAGACUCCCCCCAGGCCCUUCAGUCUACAGCUCUGGAGACGCAGUGCUCCACUGUGCUCCUGAGACUGCGUGCGGUGCAUACAGUGGUAUGUUGAAGUAGUGCCUUCCACCUGGAAUCACAGACUGAAAGGACGCCCAUCUGGACUGUACGUAACCUAAAUGCCGGCUGUUAACCCUUUGUGUAAAUUAUAGAGAAGAUAUCUUUAAAAAAAGUUAAGAGGAAAGUUGUUAUAUUGCUGUAACUUAUUUGUCAGAGCUGCAGUGUUCUUAUUACUGGCCUAUGCAAGAUGGAUUUGAGAGUUCAAGGAGGUGUGCUAGGAAGCUCUUAAACUGGGACUUCAUUUUUCCCAGGGGAAAAAGAGGACGGGGAGGGUGGAGAAAACCCCAGCUAAAGAUUGGUGCAUCAUUGUGCAAGAAAGAACAAGGAGUCCAAAACGUUAAUGUCAUGCUUUCUAUAUACCUCAAAGAUAUGCUGCGCAAGUUUGUCAGUGAGUGUGUUAGUGCUCAGAGUCCCAUGCCAUCCGGUGUCCUGGCGCUGCCGCCGGGGAGGUCCUGGAGGAAGUACGGCUCCGCCAUUAAACUGUGGUUAUUUGAGCAGAAUCCCUUUUGCCUGUCUUCUGCCCUUAUUGUAUGCAGCAUGGAUUUUUGUCCUUCAGUAUCACUUUCCAUCGCUUUUUUGUAUGACGUACCUUUUUACUGUAAGAAUUGCUCUACUUUAUAUAUAUUCCUACUAGAUCAGACAUUUCCUCUUUUUCAUACAUCUGGUGCUAUUUUUUUUAAAUGUUAAAGAUUUGGUUUGGUUAAACAGAGAGGCUGCAACAAGACUUGCAUUCAACAUAUGAAAUUAGAAACGUACCUGAAGAUCGAGAUCAGACUGCUUGCUCGUGCUUCAUAGAGGAAAAGAGAAAAAGCCGCUGGGUCACCGAUAAAUAUACCUGGGGGAGUGUGCUUGUGCACCACGCACGCGCUCCCUCUCUCCUAUGUGUUCAGAGUGGCUGAAGACCCACGCUGAAGCACAGCGUUCUGUCUGGAGAGUGAUAAUUACUCCAGAACUGGAAGUCAUUCCCAGAGGAGUAAUUUUAAUUGACUUUUUCAUGGCAAUAAGAAGAACACUGCAGGUUCUAGCACGCGCAGGGACCGUGGAGUUUUCCUCUGUCGUUGCACCACGGAGACGAGAGCUGAUCUGCGACGGCUGUAGUUAGUGUUAUCGAAAUGUGAUUUCUUACUGUAGAAAUGUACGGUUCUGGAGACUGUUCAAUUUCUUAACGCGGUCAAGCUACAAUACAAACCGUAUCAGGCAAUAUAAGCUUUCAUCUACCAGGGACUUAAAGGUGCAAUAAAUGUAAAGCGAGUUUAGCCAGUUAUUCAUGUGAAGCAGAAGGAGAAAAAAAAAUUCCAUAAUGCGACUGUGAGAGUAUUUAAAAAGACAUCGGCUCUUGAGGAAUGGAACGUGAUGAAAGGCUUUUCGUAGCUGUAUCUGUACCUUGCCUUUGCCAGCGGCUGGCUCUUUGCCAAAGCCCACAUGUGGUGGUCGUUUAAAAGCAUGUCGGAGGCACUGUAACCUGGAGAUGAUCUUAUUAAAAGGAAGAGGCCCAGUGGGUGAACAUCAUUACUGCGUUACCAGUAUUUCAUAUGCGAAGGUGUAAGUUUUGUUUUCAUUCAAGCCGCGUACACUAGUACAUAUCAAAACCCAUGUAAGUGAGCGUUCCUAUUUAAGUUCAGCUCCGUGACUUUGUUCUCUGUAAAAUAAGUUUCUUCUUGCUGUCACACGUAACAAACCAAUUCCAGAAACACAGUCCAUGGCCAAGUAUAGCACCUUCAAACAGGGAGGCAUCAUUUUCAGGGUGUUUCUUUUUAUACUUAACGUUGCCGCAUUUGUUCAUAUUCCAGAUUGUAAUGAGUCAGCCACUAAAAGUUUAGUUACUGUUGAGAGGAAAUUGCCUUUUUAUAACCAAUAAGAGACUGAAGAAACGUCUUCUGGAAAGACUUGCUUGAGACUAGAGCCAUAUCUGUCCACUGAUUUGGUCCAGAUCAGAACCAGUGUCACUGCACCUCCAACAGUAAACUGCACGGUUAGCGAGUCAGCAACGCCAAAAUGCGUGUUAUCGAUUCCAAUAAAAUUCUGGAUUAGAUCUGUCAGACAUGAGGAGAUUUUUUCUGACAACUUACCGUGGUUAAAGCUCUCUUCAAAUUCUGUUCCGUGGGUGUAUUUACUACGCUCAGAAAAACGAAAUAGGGUAACGGCUUAUUUGCUGCCUAUUGUGUUUAGCCAGAUCUAAAAUGGUUCCAGAUUUCCACCUUUUCAUGCUUAACUCUAACAGGACAAAAGUUGGUGUGUGAGAAGAUCAAGGAAACACACAGAUGUCAUGUCAUGAAAUCAGUGCUUUAAAACCUAUUUUGCAGGGAGGACGGUGGGGUUUUUUAGUGGUCGACAACCCUUCCAGUCAUACCUCCUGCAAGGAAAAAUAUUUGGGGCGGGGGGGGAUGUUUCUAUUUUGAUAACAGCUGUUUCUGGCCCCUGUUUAUUGCUUAUCAGCACAGUUUGGGUUACUGAGUAAUCUUCUUGGACAAAUCACUUCCAUGCCAGGAGCACAAGUGCAGAACUUAAUACAGCUCAGUGAUACGAAAACACGACCCAGUGCCAUUUGGAAAGUCCUGGACUGAGAGAGGUUCAACUUGUACUGUGGUCUAAUUUUUACCUGUCGUACCAGGGAAAGGGGGAGGAGGGGGCAUCUGCAUCUCCUACAAUGGGGGGUAAAAAAUGAAAAGACUCCUUCAGGCGGCCUCAGUUUGUAAAAUGCCAGGUUUGCUCUUCUAGAAAUGGGUUCAAGUAAUUGAACAAUUCCUUUGAACUUUGCACAGCUCAGAAAAAUGUUUUUGUUAUACAUGAAUGUUAACGUGAUUUAGGAAAUGUUGGCGGAUAUGAGUACAAAUGAACUACAAUGACUGUGUUUCUGAUUCUUUAAAUAAAAUAAACAUUAAGGCAACUUGA